CCCCCCACGCCCCCCGCGUGGUUUCCAGGUCGCAAGUUGUGAAAAGAGUCAAAACUGCUGCUCCAUUGCUUUUGGUUUGGUGUUAAAUCAUCCCGCUGAAUCGAAAGUCCGUCUUUUUGUCCGAACAUCGAAAAUGACCUAAUCUGGAGUUGAGGCGCUUCGAAGUUCGUUUCCGAAAGAUUUCUCUCCUCCAAACUCUUUGUCAAGGUUUCUUAAGGAGGAGCGACUGCCAACGCCGGGGAACAAAAAUGAUGCUGAGUCCGGACCAGGCGGAGGGGGACCUCUCCUGGACCCAGUCCGACCCGGAGUCCCUGCUCAACGGCCUCAGGUCGGCCGGCUGUACCUCGGACGAGCCGGCGGAGGGCGAGGAGAGGCCCAAGUGCAGGGCCGACCAGCCGCUGAGCCGAGAGGAGAAGAGGAGGCGGCGGAGGGCCACGGCCAAGUACCGCUCGGCCCACGCCACCCGAGAGCGGAUCCGCGUGGAAGCGUUCAACGUGGCCUUCGCGGAGCUGAGGAAAUUACUCCCCACGUUGCCCCCAGACAAGAAGCUCUCCAAGAUCGAGAUCCUCAGACUGGCGAUAUGCUACAUCUCCUAUCUCAAUCACGUGUUGGAUGUUUGAAAACAAAGCAAAAAAAAAACACAGAGGGACAGAGAUGGUUUGGGUGGAGGUGACUGGACUCUGGGUGGGGGUCGGCUCGGUGGUCAGAAGGGAAUGGCAAAGUUGGCAGCAAGGCGGACUGUUGAGGGGAAUGCCUUUAAAAUGGUCAAUUUUCGGGUGAAAAACAACAACUUUAUUCAUGAUCCUGAAUCCAUUAUAACAUACUUAUAUUUAAAAAAAAAUCUAAUAAAAAUAGAUAUUUCACCCCAGUUGUUUAGUACAAAAUGCCAACUUAAGAAUCCAUGUGGAAGAAUUUCUCCCGCGAAUGAAAGUAUGUAUCGUCCCUGGACCCUGGAUGCUGGGACUUUGUAAUACCACCCCCCUCUCCCCCCUC